AUGACAAACACAAAUGGUAUAAACGUUGAAGAUUUCAACAUUAUUAAAGAGGGUAGAACCCAAAUCUUGACACCUAAGAAGGACCAAGUCUUUUAUAACCCCAUUCAACAAUUCAAUCGAGAUUUAUCAAUUAUGGGAAUUAAAGCAUAUAUUGCACUUCGACAAGCAUCUCAUGAUACUAAAUAUAAGGAUCAAGAAGCAUCUAAGAAAAAAAAAUUAAAUAAUAUAAAAAUUCUUGAAGCUUUGAGUGCUACUGGUCUAAGAGCCAUUAGAUAUGCUCAAGAACUUGAAGGUCAAUAUGAAAAAAUUGUAGCUAAUGAUUUAUUACCUGAAGCUGUUAAAUCUAUUGAAAGAAAUAUUGAAUAUAAUCAAGUGGAAAAUGUGGUUUCUAAUUUAGGUGAUGCAAUCACAUAUAUGGCUAGCUCAUCAGAGAAAUUUCAUAUUAUUGAUUUAGAUCCUUAUGGAACUGCAUCUCCAUUUAUAGAUAGUGCUAUUCAAGCAGUUGAAAAUGAUGGGAUGUUAAUUGUAACUUGUACAGAUGCCGGAGUCAUUGCUGGUUCAGGAUAUCCUGAAAAAUGUUUUGCAUUAUAUGGAGGUAAUAAUUUUGGAACUCCUAUGAUAAAUAGUGAAGCUAAUCAUGAAGUUGGUAUUAGAUUAAUAUUAGGAAUGAUCGGUGCAACUGCUGCCAAGUAUAAGAAAAGUAUAGAGCCAGUAUUAAGUCUUUCAAUUGAUUUUUAUUUCAGAUUAUUUGUUAGAGUUAAAACAAGUCCAUUAGAAGUUAAGAAAUUAUCUUCAAAAACUAUGAUUAGUUAUGGUUGUAAUGGAUGUGGUCAUAAAGCACACCAAUAUUUUGGAAAGAUUAAAGAUGAAAAGAAAUUUCAAUAUCCUAAGAGUACUGCUAAUAUAGGUAGUAAUUGUCAAUAUUGUGGAAAUGAUUAUAAUAUUGCUGGACCAAUGUAUGGUAUGCCAUUACAUAAUGAAGAAUUUAUUAAUAAAAUUCUUGAAAUUAAUAAUAAUAGUGAUAAAUCCAUAUUUGGAACUACAGAACGUAUUAAAGGAAUGUUAACUAUGGCAAAGAAUGAAUUAAAUAAUGAACCAUUUUAUUUUAAUUUAAAUCAAUUAUCUUCAUUAUUUAAAUCUCCACCUAUAUCAAUUGAUCAAUUUGCUCGUGCUAUAGGUAAUGGAGGUUACGAUAUGAGUCUCACACAUGCUAAGAAGAAUUGUAUAAAGAGUGAUGCACCAUGGGAAUAUAUUCUAAACAUUAAUUUAGAAUGGAUGAAGAGAAAUAAUGAAUUAGUCAUUAAGGAACUCGAAUCAAAAUCUGAAGAACUUAGUGAAAAGAAUAAAGAAAAAUUAAGUAAAUUAAAAGAAGAUAUUUACUAUAAUGCAAGCUUAUCACCAACAUCUAUAGGUUAUAAUAUUAUUGAAUACUUUAAGAAGAACAAUACUAAACAAUAUCCUCAAGUUGAUUUUGAUAAAGAAAAUCAAGUCAGUUUAAAGAUUGCAAAAUUGAGAAAAGUUAAAAUGGUAAGAUAUCAAGAAAAUCCUACUAAGAACUGGGGACCUAAGGCAAGACCUAGUAGUAAGUAA